AACAGGAACCCCUGUACCCUUCUCUUUCUGCUCCCUUUUCAUUUUGCUCCCUAAUCAUCCAGACAGACCAGCUUGUGCCGCGCAGCCAGCCAGCCACAAGCAAUAGGUAUUCUCUCCACAUGUCUGUGCAGGUUUAUUUUUUAUUUAAUUAUAUAAUUAUCGUUAUAUAACAGUUAAGAGUCAAGACAUCUGCACGUUUGACCGAAAACAGCUUGACAUUUUACGGAAACCUCCAAGCUCCUCCAUUGUCCUGCUUUCCAGACGCAUCCUAACAGUAAUACCACCACAUCCACUACCACCACCUCCACCACCACCACCACUGACACACCAACAUCACCCUUAUCAUGCUGGCAGUCUAGGCCUGUCUCCCAAGCUGUGUCCCACUCGAGACUGAGGCAGCUUCUCCCACGGAGCUCCACACCCCCAGGGGGACCACCACAGAGAUGGCUGAUUCCGACCCCUCGUCCCCCUCCGAUCCACCACAGCCUCUGAGCUCCCCCCGUACUCCCCUCUCACUGUCCUUCCCCUUCCUCAGGCAGGGAAGUCGAGUGUGGGAAAGGGAGAGGAAACCCCCCUUGAUGCCAGGCGAGCUACCCAGCCCUCUGCCCACCAAACGCACCCGCACAUACUCAGCGACGGUGCGGGCCAGAUCAGGCCCAGUGUAUAAGGGCGUGUGCAGGACCUUCUACAGGUGCCAGGGUCAUGGCUUUAUAAAGCCCUCCAACGGUGGAGAGGAUAUCUUUGUACACAUCUCUGAUAUCGAUGGAGAAUAUGUUCCGAUGGAAGGCGACGAGGUCACGUACAAAGUCUGUUCCAUCCCCCCCAAGAACCAGAAGAUGCAGGCGGUGGAGGUGAUCAUCACCCACCUGGCCCCAGGAACCAAGCAUGAGACCUGGUCUGGACAGAUCAUCAGCUCCUAGACCUCCACCUGCACCUUCAGAGAGGCGGUGUGGGGAAGAGUGGAGGGUGGGGUUGGGGAGGG